AUGCGUGCCGUUGGAAAUAUUCUGUCCGGAAACGAUGAGCAGUGCCAGAAAGUUCUCGGCCUCGAUCCCUUGUCGUAUUUUCCAACCUUGGCCUUCUUUUCCGACACGGAAUUGCGCGAGGAGAUUCUAUUCAUCCUUAGAGCCAGUUCCCGAAGUCAGAUGUGGGUGCAGGCCUUCAUUAACGUGGGACUGUUGGCUAAAAUAACUGAGAUUUUAGGGAGGGGAGAAAUGCAUGAAAAGGCAGUGGCUGCCAUGGUCAUUAGUAACCUCACAAUCAAUUGCAAUGAGGAACAGUUACUAGUUCUUAUUGCAGAGGAUAUCCUUCAGCCAUUCUGUGAUCUCCUCACCAGCCAGUUUGAUCAACUUUCACGGACUGUGCUGAAUGGCCUAAGAAAUAUGUUCGAGGUUUCCCAUUCCCUUGCGGAUAAGGUGGCCCAAACCAUCGAUGAGUGUGGCGGUCUGGCCAAAAUCGAGAUACUUCAGACCCACGAAGAUGUGCAAAUUUAUCAGCUAGCUCUCAACAUCAUAGAACGAUACUUUGGCUGUGAAACCUAG